AUAAGCUCGGAUAAGUUCGCGGUGGUCGGACAACACGCGUCAGAUCGAGUAUCUCAAAGGCCGCUGAUAUAUUGAUCUUAUUAUACCGUGUAUAACGAAAUAAAAAAAAUUAUCUCUCUGUUCGACUCUGUCUGAUCGACUUGCUUGCUUUUUCCCCGACCGAGCUUAUAAAGAGACUUCGUGGUCGCGCCGGCGACCAGUAUCGCUCUGACUUUUGUUAUUUUAAUGCGCAAAGUCGAAGAGAUACACACGCGAUACGUAUAUCACAUACAGGAAUAGCGAAAGCCGCUUUCUCGUAUAUCAAUAACAAAGACAAAGCUCACUGUUGGUUGAUGAAUCUUACCGAGAUUGUCACUGCUGACAGCUGCAUGAGGCUUGAGGCUUUCCGGAGCAUCGAAACUCGAGAAGUCAUAAGACGAGACAAAAAGAUAGGAAGCACGCGAAAGGAGAGCCUGUCGAGACGAAGACGAUUCACCAGAAGACAGAUAACGGAGUUGUUCUUCGAGAAUUGCAUCGAUUGUGGGAAAAUGGCUGCUAUUCCGCAGAGUGCUCUUGCAGUGCACAAAGUUCGCUGUAACAACGAGCGUGCUGUUUCAAUAAUGUCUGUGAGAGGGGAAAAAGGAAAGAGCGAAGAGAAGGAAAAUAUGUUCAAGUCUUGGCGUCCUUUAGAAGGCUGGGAGCUGACGCCGCUCAAGUACAACAGCAAGUUGAUGAAUAGUAUUUGGGGUCUGUACAACCGCUACUCGGUCCACAACUUCAAGAAGAACGCCGAUGCCGAGGAAGGGGCACGCGGCGUGGUGGCCGCGGCGAUCUGGGGCGCAAUUUUGGAAAAUCGCCCUCCGGCCGCCAACGCCGCUGCUACCACCAUCGCGGAUGUCCCCCGAAUUAUGAAUACCGGAAGUGGUCUCUAAACACGACGCGGCCAUGCGAUUCUGAAAAAUCGCUUAAAGAUGACAAUCAAUAAUAAUCGCUAACAAUCGCUGACAAUCACACACUUUUAUACAUACAUAUAAUAAGAAAAAACAUUUACUUUAUAUAUAUCAUAAAUAAAUGUUUUCUCUUUAUUUUAAAAAUGAGCACAAAUAACGAGAAUGCAUAAUUGAGCGAAAUACGGUUAUAAAUUCGCGAAAUAUAUUGUUCAUAUCUAAUAAUAUAUGCGAUUAAUAUAGCGAAAUGUGAUCAUAAUGAAAUAAAAAAAUAAAUAAGCAAAAUACUGUA